AUGGAGGCGAAGGUGAAGGAGGAGGUCCCCGACAAGGACUACCAGCCCUCCACCACCGACAGGCGGAAACCACCAGCAGCUAAAGAGCAUCGUUCCCCAGAACAAGAUGAAAGUCGGUCUUCCCCCACCCCAGGCCCCACUAGUCCACAAAAUAAUGGCACGGCAGCCCUGUCCUCGACGGAAUCCCUCUCUCCGCCUCUGGGUGAAGCGCGUGCGCCGGCGUUAAUUCGCCUGCGCCGUUUUUUGUCGGCGUUGCUUCAGUUUGCCAGCGAUGUUGGCGCCGACACUGCAGAGAGGGUCAAACACCUAAUUUACAACCUCGCGUCCGGCACGAUCACGAUCGAGGAGUUCCAAACUGGAGUCCAGGAAUGCACCAACUACCCACUACGGGCUUCCGUGCCAGGGUUCCUUCGGGCCCUACUACCAGCAGCACAGAGGGAUCUACAUGCCAGGGCUAGAAGAGCUAAACAGACUCCCUUGCAAUACGUGCGCGCCCAUGAGCACCUGAUCCUGGAGUCUGGCGGCGACGGUGGCGACAUCUUCGCGCAGCCCGGCGACUCACUGAAAAGACGCGCCAGCGAUCCCCGCAAAAUGCCCAACUCAUGGAGAUUGAGCAUUAUAACACCAAUUCAUAAAGGCAAAGGUAGUGUACAGGACUGUGGAAGCUACCGAGGUAUUAAGGUCAUGAGUCACACCAUGAAACUCUUCGAACGCGUCAUCGAUUCUAGGCUCCGGCAAGAGUGCACAGUCUCGGAGUGUCAGUAUGGGUUUCGUCCUGGCUGUGGUACUAUAGAUCCCAUCUUUGCCCUAAGAAUGCUAGUCGAGGCCUACAGGGAAAAGAAAACGCCGUUGCAUAUGGCUUUUCUGGACCUACAGAAGGCUUUUGACUGCGUACCUCGACAGGUAAUCUGGUGGGCUUUGAAGGAGAAGAAUGUGCCACAAAACUAUAUUGACAUUAUCCGAGACAUGUACCACAACUCGGAAUCCAUAGUGAGGACCGCCGUUGGCGACACUCACCCAUUCCCGAUCACAGUUGGUGUUCACCAAGGCUCAGCCCUGAGUCCUUUUCUGUUCAGUGUAGUGCUAGACGUAGUUUCAGCAAAAGUCCAUGAACCGUCUCCAUGGCUUAUGAUGUACGCUGACGACAUUGCACUGACAGAUGAGGACAAACAGAAACUGGAGCACAAAGUGAACCAAUGGAAGGGUGCGCUAGAGGACGGCGGUCUGAAACUAAAUGUUGCGAAGACCGAGUACAUGGCAUGUGGCGGCACAGACCCCGACCCCAUAACGGUAGGAGGCGAAUCUGUUCUGAAAACAGAUAAAUUCAAAUACCUUGGGUCUGUGCUGCACGAAUCAGGCGAGAUCGAUCACGACGUCCAGGCCCGAAUUAGCGCUGCUUGGGCAAAAUGGCGAGAAGUAACCGGUGUCCUCUGCGACCCCAGGAUACCGGUGAAGCUUAAGGGUCUUGUGUACAAGAGCAUCAUCCGACCAGACUUACUAUAUGGUAGCGAGACCUGGCCUGCUCUCGGAAGGCAUGUCCAGCAGCUUCACGUCACAGAGAUGAAGAUGUUGCGGUGGAUGUGUGGCGUUACGCGACUAGAUCGCAUACGUAACGAACACAUCCGUGGCAGCCUCGGAAUCCGUGACGUGGCGGAUAAGCUGCAGGAAAGUCGCCUCCGAUGGUUUUACGAACAAACCAACGGCUCCGAAGACUUCCCCCCGCACGCGAAGCGCCCUCCCCCCUCCAGCCUGUUCCUGAACCCCUCCCCCUUCCUUUACCCCCUCCCGAGCAACGCGAGCCUCUUCGACUACGGACAUUAUCAUGGCUACCAGGGGGCGCAGGAGGGGGGGUUUGAGAGAAGAGAUGGUGGUAUCUCCGUGCGCGACGUGUCCUCAAUGAACGCGUCUUUCCCCGAGCGACUUAACCCUUCCCUGCUCAAGUCGGAUGACGAGUGGAAGAACAUCAACACGAUGCUCAACUGCAUACUUAGCAUGGUCGAGAAGACGAAGAGGGCGUUGGCUAUACUGCAGCAAAGAGGAGUAGAACCUACAGAAAGCAAUGAUAUCAAACGAGCAGCGAGCGAGAUAAUGGCUCAAGCCGUCAGACAGACUGAAGAAAGAGUGGCAGAAGUACGGCGGCGAGCAGAGGACGCUGUCAACCAGGUGAAACGUCAAGCGCUGGUGGAGCUACAGAGAGCGGUGGGGGCGGCCGAGGCUCGAGCUCUGGAGUUGGUGGCAAACGAGCGCAAGGACCGUCGCAGCCCCGCGCCGGCACCCAGCCCUCCGCAGCAAAACUGUUGCUGGAACUGCGGACGCAAAGCCCAGGAGACCUGCUCAGGCUGCAACUCAGCGCGGUACUGCGGAGCCUUCUGCCAACAUAAGGAUUGGGAGAGCCAUCAUCAGGUCUGCGCUGGCCGCGACCAGAAACCCACCGCUCUCCGCACAUCCCCGCCAGCCACGCAGCCCUCGCUGCCCAACAUACCCACUCUCCCCACGCUGCCCACUCUGCCCAGCCUGCCCAAGCCCACGCGAGCCCCAACCCCGGACAACAGGCUAUCGUUAACCAGUUUAAACUCAGCGGAACGACUUCAUACGAAUCAGGAUAGGAACCUAACUUCAACCAGUAAUGAUAGAAUUGCGCUUGCGACUUUGUCUACUGCUCAGGGGAUUAUUUCUACAAUUGGGAAGAAAUGACGGCUUAAUAAGGAGGUAAAAAUGCCGAGGAAGGUUAGGAGGUAAAUUGGUGUAUACGGUUCCUUAUUCUUUUUAUAAUUUGU